AUGGCUAUCGCUGGCGCCCAACGUAAGGAGGUGCUAAAGGUGAUAAUAUUCUCUUUAUUGAUCGAUCUAAUCUCCUUCACAUUUAUUCUGCCCCUCUUCCCUUCCUUGCUAUCAUUUUAUCACGCCCAAGAUCCAUCCCCGGAUUCCCUCCUUAACCGCAUCUUCCACUACCUAAACGCCUACAAAAACUCCUUUGCGCGCCCCAUCGACUCGCGCUAUGACAUCGCACUCCUCGGUGGAGCCCUCGGUUCUUUAUUCUCCCUCCUCCAAGCCUUCGCUGCACCCGUCAUAGGCCGCCUAUCUGACCGCUAUGGCCGCCGUCGUGCCCUACUCAUCUCUAUGCUAGGCAACCUCUUAAGCGUCGCCAUGUGGGUGUCGGCCAGGGACUUCCGCACAUUCCUCGCCAGUCGCAUUGUCGGCGGCCUAAGCGAGGCAAAUGUCCAAAUGGCCAAUGCCAUAGUGGCGGAUAUAACAAACGAGGAGCGCCGCGGCUCCUCCAUGGCAUUAGUUGGAGCCUGUUUUAGUGUCGCGUUCACUUUUGGGCCGGCGCUGGGUGCGGCACUCAGUAGUAUUGAUAUGGUUGCUGAGAACCCAUUCAUCGUCGCUGCGAUUGUGUCUUUUGCUCUGAUCUUUAUUGAGACUGUGUAUCUUUGGGCCUGUUUGCCUGAGACGCAUCCCCGUUUCACGACGCUUCAGAUGGAGGGCGAAAGUAUCUCCGCCGAGAAGAAUGAUGCCUCGAGUAAGAAGAGAGAAGAAAAGAGCAGUGCUUCCACCAAGCGUGCCCAUACAAACAGCCCGGCCCUUCUCAAUGCCCUCCAUUUCCUCUUCCUCCUCCCCUUCUCCGGUCUGGAGUUCUCCCUCCCCUUCUUGACUACAACUCUCUAUGCGGGAUCAGCUACGACUGUCAGCCCUGCCGCAUUAAACGGACGUCUCUUAUCCCUGAUGGGCUUGGUCGCCUCUCUCCUUCAGGGUACGCUGGUGCGCCGUCUUCCGCCACUGAUCACCCUCCGCGCCGGUAUCGUGACCUGUACCGUCUCAUUCUUCUGUCUUGCUCGCGUUUCUUCGCCCUCCGGUCUAUAUGCUGCCGGUGCUCUGCUGGCGGUAACAACUGCUACAGUUGUCACAUCACUCAACAGCCUGGGUAGCUUCGAAGCGCAGGACGCAGAUCGCGGUGUGGUUAUGGGCCGCUUGCGGGGAUGGGGACAGGCUGGUAGAGCGGCUGGUCCUAUUCUGUUCUGUUCUCUGUUUUGGUGGGCUGGCCGUGAGGUUGCUUAUACUGCUGGUGGGUUCGCCAUGUGUGUCGUUACAGUUGCUGUUUUCAGCUUGUUGAAGUCGCCUGUUGUACACAAAAAAACCGAGUAA